CGUGCUGAGGAAGGGCGCCGCUGCGUGUUCCAAAGUCCGCUGUUUUUCUUCUGCCGGAGGGUGCUUCGUCAGGGACGUCGCUUCAUAAUAUUUCGGAAAGCCCCCGCAGAAGACCUGUACACAAACAAGAAAAUCUCUUAGGCAACAUGAACGUUAAAGCGCUUCUCGCGGCUGCCUUGGGCGCCUCCCUCCUGGCCCUCCUGCACCUCCGGCAUUACGAGACCCCCGGCGCCUCCUCCCCCCGCCGGCCGCUGCACCGAGGCUGGCAACGGGAGGGCGCGGCGUCGUGGCUGAUCCCUCUCGGAGACUCGAACCUCCCGGAUCGCCCCGCCCCCCCUCCGACUCCUGAAGACCCGCCGCCACGCCUCUCUCCUCCUCUGCCUCCUGAGGGAUACUCCACCGGCGGCGGCGAGGGCGUCCAGCCAGGCGGGAAGGCGUCCCCGCUGAAGAAGGUGGUCGUCCUCUUCAAGAAGUUCUUCAGCCUCACGAACAGUUCGGUGCUGGCGUCGCGGGGCUGCCCGGAGUGGCGGUGCCUCUUCACCUCGAACGCGAGCGAGGCGGAGAGCGCGGACGCCGUCGUCUUCCACGCCAAGUUCUCGGGCUCGAGGUCCGUGCCCAGGAGGCGCCACGCCCACCAGCGGUACAUCUGGGUGAACCGCGAAGCCCCCCCGAACACCCGGAGCCUGAUGAGGAGGAGGAAUUUCUUCAACUGGACCUACACGUACCACAGCAGCUCCGAUCUCUUCUCCCCAUCGGCGUGCUCCUGCCGAUCGAGGUCGACGGAGCUCCCAGCGCGCGCCCCGACCCCCGGCGAGAGCAGAACCACUUUCCUGAAGUACAAGCAGGACCUCGAGGCUGGAGUCUCGCUCGAGGACGACCCGCGCAAGAACUGGUCGAGGUUCCUCCGUCGCCCUCGACUGGCGGCGUGGGUGGUGUCGCAUUGCCGCACUAACUCGCGUCGUGAAACGUACGUGCGAGAACUGCGAAAGUACGUGCCGGUGUCCGUGUACGGGCGGUGCGGAUGGAUGGGGUGUCCGAAAACCAGCCGGAACAGGGUGUGCUUCGCGAAGGUUCUGGCGCCAAACUACUCGUUCUACCUGUCCUUUGAGAACAGCAUUUGCGCGGACUACAUGACGGAGAAGGUUUGGAAUGCCAUGAAGUACGGCCUGGUGCCUGUGGUGUAUGGGGGAGCCAACUACUCGGCUUUACUUCCUCCCAAUUCCUACAUUGACGCCAACAAUUUAAAACCGGAGGAUCUCGCCAGGCUUCUUAAAAGUAUUGCGGCUUCCCCUCGAGAGUACGGCCGCUACCACCUCUGGAGACUCUACUGGAAGGUCAUACAAGCCUGGCCUCACUGUGAACUGUGCUACAAGUUACACAACGACCACAGUUUUACCAGUUACCCGGAAGUGAAAGCCUGGUGGAACGCCGUUGGAAAUUGCAGAAGGCCUACAAUGUCCUAUCUUCCAGUCUCUUCAUAAAAUUACGGGCUUAAAAUAAAAUAAAAUUGUUGAUGGUUUGGAUCAUUAUCUGUUAAAAAUAAUAA